AUGGCCCCAACACCCCCCGCGUCAUCACCGGCGGCGAGACCAGACUCCGAGCGCACAAGGAGGAGACGGCCACAACAACCGGUUGAGGAUGACGACGAAGAUGAGGUAUCUUCAGAGGAGGAGUCAAGCGAUUCAGAAGAAUCAGAAGAAGAAGAGGACAGUGAGGAUGAAGCACCAGCAAGGCGCAAUAACAAAAACAAUCACAACGACGAUAAACAACCCAUCAAAAGACCACCUCCGGGACCCCUAAAGACGAAGGCGAAUAGGAGCAGCACAAAAAAGCAGCCGUCACAAGCCACAGGCUCAUCAGCGCCAAGCUACGAGGACGCCGACGGCGAGGACAACGUGUACCGGCAAAACAGCUACUCCUACCUGCCCACGCCACCCUCGCAGCGGCAGCCCUCGCCGCUCCGCCAGCAACGCAACAAAGCACCGCCGCAGCCAGUAAGGUCCUCCCGGCCCAGGAGGCAGCGCGCGGGCGCCGUGCCGCCGCCGGCGAUCGACCUCCCCAGCGGCGCAGAAGACCCCUACACCUCCUCGUCGACCGCGUCCUCCACCGCGUCCUCCGCCAUGGGGCCCUGGAAGCCCUACGCGCCGGCGUCGACGACGGCAUCCGGGCGCGGCACGCCGUCCAGGCCGCCCGCGCCGGCAGCGUCGAGGCGCAGCAAGCCCGUCGUGCGCGAGCCGGCCCGCGAGCCGACGCAGGCGAUCGUCCCCCGCGCGCCCCGGACGGUCGUCGCUGGGAAGAUAGACGAGGAUGACGGGGAGCAUGAUGCCGACGAUGGAGAGGAAGGGUCCGAGGUGGAAUUCGUGCCCAGGGGCCCGGCGGCGGCGACGAGCUUGCCGGCCGGGGGCAAGAAGGCCGCGCUCGCGGUGGAGCUGAAGCUCAACUUGGAAAUCGAAAUCGAGUUGAAGGCUUCUAUUCACGGCGAUGUCACGCUGGAACUGUUUAAUUGA